AUAAUAUUUAAAUCCCCGAGGCUGUGGAGAGAGGGAAAGCCCGAAAAAGAGGGGCGGAAAACCAAAAAAGCCAAUCCUUUUUCAUCAGAUCAAAAUCACUCCCCAUUUUUCAACGCAAUCAACUCAAAUCAAUUCCACCCAACCACUCUCCCCUAAAAACCCAUCAGUUUUCUCACUAGUUGGAGUGGAAAAAAGAACUUUUUGUUCAGUUUUCCGAUCAAAACACAGUCACACAGUAGGAGUAGCGUGGUGCGAUGGACCUACCCUGCGACGGAGAUGGGUUGUGCAUGUCUUGCAAGGAGAAGCCGCCGGCGGAGGACACUCUGACUUGCAAGAUUUGCGUGACGCCGUGGCACGUCACUUGCUUGUCCCAGAAACGCCGGCCGAAGACCAUGUCCGAUGUUGCUCAAUGGGACUGUCCUGAUUGCGUCGUCGAUGAUGUUGCCGGCGCCGGCGGCGGGGAUGCCUCUGUAUCCGCCGUGGCUGCGGCUGCUGCUUCUGGGUCUCAACAGUCUGAAUUGCUAGCGGCGAUUCGUAGGAUUGAGAAUGACGAUUCCCUUUCCGCAGAUGAGAAGGCUCGGCGAAGACAGCAGCUUGUUGACGGACGGGCUGCCGGAGGUAAAUCGGAAGAUAACGUGGAAGAGAAGGAUUGUAGCAGAAAGAAUGAUGUGCUUGAUCUUCUUGAUAAGAAGCUUUACUGCUCCAUUUGCAUGCUCCUUCCCGAUAGGCCUGUCACGACUCCAUGCGGUCACAAUUUUUGCUUGAAGUGCUUUCAAAAAUGGGUUGCUCAAGGGAAGAACACAUGUGCCAACUGUCGCAAUUUGAUUCCAUCCAAGAUGGCAAAAGAACCCAGAAUUAAUUCUGCACUAGUCUUUGCCAUCAGAACUGCCAAGAUGAUGAAUUCAAAUGCAUCAGGGGGUCCUCCCAAGCCGGUCCAUUUUAUUCACAACCAAAAUCGACCAGACAAGGCAUUUGUCACUGAACGUGCAAAGAAAUCAGGAAAGGCAAAUGCUUGUAGUGGAAAGAUUUUUGUUACGAUUCCUCAUGACCAUUUUGGACCUAUCCUGCCUGAAAAUGAUCCUCAAAGAAAUCUAGGUGUAAUGGUUGGGGAGACUUGGGAGGAUAGGAUGGAAUGUAGGCAGUGGGGUGCACAUUUUCCUCAUGUUGCUGGGAUUGCCGGACAGUCAGAUUAUGGUGCUCAGUCUGUUGCAUUAUCUGGAGGCUAUGAAGAUGAUGAAGACCAUGGUGAAUGGUUCCUCUACACAGGAAGUGGAGGGAGAGACCUCAGUGGCAACAAAAGGACAAAUAAGUUACAGUCUUUUGACCAGAAAUUCGAUAAGAUGAAUGAAGCCUUGCGAGUCAGUUGUCUCAGAGGGUAUCCGGUUCGAGUUGUGAGAUCCCACAAGGAGAAACGAUCCUCUUAUGCACCUGAGAAAGGAGUUAGAUAUGAUGGGGUGUACAGGAUUGAGAAAUGUUGGCGCAAAGGUGGUAAGCAAGGCUUUAAGAUGUGUCGAUAUUUAUUUGUUCGUUGUGAUAAUGAUCCUGCUCCAUGGACAAGUGAUACUCAAGGGGAUCGGCCAAGACCUCUGCCUGCCAUUCCAGAGUUGAAGGAAGCUAGUGAUAUCACGACAAGAAAGGGAUCUCCCUCCUGGGAUUAUGAUGAGGAAAAAGGUUGCUGGAUGUGGAAGAAGGCACCACCAGAGAGUCGAAUCCAUGUGGAUGAGUGUGAUGAUGAGGGUACUAAGAUUAGGAAAGUAAGGCAUAAGAAGAAUUUGUCUGUUAAGGAAAAGCUUCUGAAAGAAUUUGGUUGUCUGAUUUGCCGCAAAGUGAUGGUGUCUCCUGUUUCUACCCCAUGCGGGCAUAACUUUUGCAAGGGAUGCUUGCAAGGUGCCUUUGAAGGUCAAUCAUCUGUAAGGGAGAGGAAUUGUGAAGGCAGAAGGACCUUGAGGGCCCAAAAGAAUAUCAUGAAAUGCCCUCAUUGUAAAAAUGACAUAUCUGACUUCCUUCAGGAUCCACAGGUAAACAGGGAGUUAAUGAAUGUGAUAGAAUCUCUUCAACGUAAGAUUGAGGAAGAAAAUGCGGAGUCUGCUGAAGGAGCUGAUGACUCUGCCAAAGGGCCUAAAGAAGAGUCAUCUGACAAAGCUAAUGUAACUGAUUCAAAGCCAGAAUUAGAUGAAGAUGCCUCUGAAGAUGAUGAAGAGGCUUCUGAAGAUGAAGAGGUGUCUGAAGACACUGACAAAGAGAAUGUUGACAUGAACUCUGGAGUUAUAGAGGUCAAAGAUAAGACUGAAGCGAUCCUGCCGUCUUUGGAUAGUGGCAAGACUACAGAUAUGACCAAGCCUAAAAUGUCCAUCCCUGAUGAAGUUAAAACUGCUUCUGUUGUAGAUGAAGGAAAGCAAAAAACUUCCAAGCGUAAGACUGCAGCUGACAGUGUCUUAACAACUAAUGUAGAUGGUGCAGUGAGGACCAGAAGCAAAAAAGCUAAGGGAGGUGCAGGAUUGUGAUAAUUGUGCCUGAUUACUUUUUAUGCAGGGGUUAUGCAUUGUUGGAGUAGUUUAUUUUGGCACUUAAAAAUUACUCUGGAUCAACUUUUGUGGCCAGUGUUAUCAGCUUUAUUGUAGUCUGGUUGAACUUGACACUGGUCUGUUGAUAACCUUGUUGGAGCAAGGAUACUUUUUGCACAGAGCACAGGAUUUCAAUGUUCUUUUUGCUCUGGUGUUUAUUUUUACCGGGAUUUGCUGUAAUAUACUGGUAAAUUGUCCAAAAAAUGACAAUGCAGCACUGCUAAUUGUUCAGCUAUAGUUCCUUUUUUUCUUUCCGCUUUUCUCUUGCCGUG